GGAGUUACCAUCGUUAAGCCAAUAGUUUAUGGUAAUGUUGCCCGAUAUUUUGGGAAGAAAAGAGAAGAAGAUGGACACACCCACCAGUGGACAGUAUAUGUAAAACCAUACAGAAAUGAGGAUAUGUCAGCAUAUGUGAAGAAAAUCCAGUUUAAAUUACAUGAAAGCUAUGGCAAUCCUUUAAGAGUCGUUACUAAGCCGCCCUAUGAAAUUACUGAAACAGGAUGGGGUGAAUUUGAAAUAAUCAUCAAAAUAUUUUUCAUUGACCCUAAUGAAAGACCGGUGA